AUGAAAAGAUUAUAUAGAUAUUACAGACUAUUUAAUACUACAUUUUUAUAUGAAAUCAAUUCAACACUUAAAAAAGCAAAACUUACAGCAUUCAGAUCAGCUACUAUUAAAAUAGAAUAUAAUCCAAAGAAAGAAUUUUUAACACAAUUUAUUGAAAAAAAUAAAUUCAUUACAAUGCAUUAUUAUGAUUAUCAAGACUAUCAAGAAAUCAAAGGCAAGCCAUUUUACAUGUUUAUUUCUCCUAAAAAAUUACUCGAUAUUCAAAAAGUGCAAUUGCAGAAUCUAUCAGAAAAAUAUUCUUCAAAAAUGCAAUUUGGAUGGACUGAUGACAGAUAUAUUGCAAAAGAUCUAGGUGUUUCGGUUAAAGAUGUUCCAAUAUCAGUCUACCAAUCAGAUCGAUGUAUAGCUAAGACUAAAUUCAGAAUUUCUGACUUAGAAAAGAUUCACUUCUUCGAAGAAACUGAAACUGGCAAUGCAUGUGACUAUGACUUUUGGGUUGGAAAAAAAAUGAAAAAAACAAUUUUAGGUUAUGAAUUUUCAUUUGCUUUCAUUGUUGUUUGUCUUUCAAUCAACCUUUUCUUGAGAUCGAAGAUGAGUUCACCUACAGUCAAGGUCGAUUAA